UCGGUGUUUACAAUGGCGGCUGUCUGCUAAUUGAAAGAAAAAAUGUGUGUUUUAUAGCCGAGGAACACUCACCACUUAGCGAAGAAAGGCACAAGAUAUUUUUUCAGGAUGACCAACAGAACAUCUUACUUUUAUGACCCAGACGUGGGCAACUUUCAUUAUGGUGCUGGCCACCCCAUGAAGCCUCACCGUUUGUCUCUGACUCACAGUCUGGUGUUGCACUAUGGACUCUACAAGAAGAUGAUGGUGUUUAAGCCAUACAAAGCAUCUCAGCACGACAUGUGUCGGUUCCACUCUGAAGAUUACAUAGACUUCCUACAGAAGGUCAGCCCCAAUAACAUGCAGGGCUUCACCAAGAGCCUCAACACAUUCAAUGUCGGAGACGACUGUCCUGUGUUUCCAGGUCUGUUUGAGUUUUGCUCAAGGUACACAGGAGCCUCCUUACAGGGAGCCACACAGCUCAACCACAAGAUCUGUGACAUAGCCAUCAACUGGGCUGGAGGUUUGCAUCAUGCCAAGAAAUUUGAGGCAUCUGGGUUUUGUUACGUCAAUGACAUCGUCAUCAGUAUACUGGAGCUACUCAAAUACCACCCUAGGGUUCUGUACAUUGACAUAGACAUUCACCAUGGCGACGGCGUACAGGAGGCCUUUUACCUGACUGACCGCGUCAUGACUGUGUCCUUCCACAAAUAUGGGAACUACUUUUUCCCAGGAACAGGUGACAUGUACGAGGUGGGAGCAGAGAGCGGCCGGUACUACUGCCUCAAUGUUCCUCUCAGAGAUGGCAUCGAUGACCAGAGCUACAGGCAGCUGUUCCAGCCGGUUAUUAAACAGGUUGUUGAUUUCUACCAGCCGACCUGCAUCGUUCUACAGUGCGGUGCGGAUUCUCUGGGCUGUGACAGACUGGGCUGCUUCAACCUCAGUAUACGAGGACACGGUGAGUGUGUGGAGUUUGUGAAGAGUUUUAAGAUUCCUCUGUUGGUCCUGGGUGGAGGAGGAUACACAGUGAGGAACGUGGCUCGCUGCUGGACCUUUGAGACAUCUCUGUUAUUGGAUGAAUCCAUCAGUGAUGAGCUGCCUUAUAGCGAGUAUUUUGAGUACUUUGCUCCAGACUUCACGCUGCAUCCUGAUGUCAGCACCAGGAUAGAAAACCAGAACUCCAGACAGUACUUGGAGCAGAUCCGUCAGACGGUGUUCGAGAACUUAAAGAUGUUGAACCACGCGCCCAGCGUCCAGAUCCACGACGUGCCCUCUGACAUGCUGAGCUACGAACGCACUGACGAGCCAGACCCUGACGAGAGGGGGGGCGAGGAAAACUACACCAGGCCGGAGGCAGCCAACGAGUUCUACGACGGUGACCACGACAACGACAAAGAGAGCGACGUAGAAAUUUAACCCGUGAGGAUGAGCGGAGCUUUUUCCCUGCAGCAUUCUGUUCGCAUCAGGAUUUAUCAUCACUGCAGAUUUAACAGACACUCAGACUUUUGUGGAAGGACUGAAAAGACUCAAGCUCUGCUCUCUCACUCAGUAGGUUCUCUUUUUGUAACAGUCCUCAACCUGCCGUCCUUUACACUGGCAUCAUGGUUGUUUCAACUCAUCGGCACCAGAGCCUUGUAUAUAACGUCAGUGAACACACACACAACUAUUCCCGUUUCUGUUUGGGGCUGUCAAAUAUUAGAACGGUCAGGAUGAGCUCAAGUAACGUGUCCUUUAAUAAUGCGGGACACUGAAACACACAGUGUACCUUCUUUAUUUCACGAGCAGCGUCGACUAAACUCAACUCAAAACAAACGUAUUUCUGCAUGUGCACACCACAGACUGUAUAUAAAGAUGGAUGACACAUACCUCCACUAUGCUGAAGUGAAGCUAAAAUAUUCCGGAUAAGGCGGCUGCCAUCUUGUGACAUCUUUCGGAGGUGUGAGUCUGCGCAGUAGCGGUCUCCGCAGGGGUAGAGUUCCCGCAAAAACACCUGUCUGACCAAUUGCAAGCAGCACCAUUGAACACUAGCACACUUACUGGCUCACACAGCUGUCAAUCAUGGCAGGAAAUCCCCUUUUUGUAGAAUUAAAUAACUCAUUAAAAUCAAACUUAUCAUUAAAAGGAUCACUUGAACAAACAUCAGGGUGAUGAGAACUGAUUUCAGUGACAGAAAGCAUCUUGUUACUCCCACUGUUAAGGCCUCUAAAAACUAAAGACGGCUCAACAGAG